AUGGUAGGCCCAGUUGGACAAAAUAUCAUAAUAAAGAAAUUUACUAUUUCAAAAAUUUUAAAAGAGAGCAAUAAAUGGAUGGCUGUAACUAGCACUGAAACUUCAAGUAAAACAUUCAGGCAUAGAGAAGUCCUUGGUCAAAAAAAAGAUAAAACUAGAGUAACAGUUCUUUUUGGCUUCAAUGCAACAGGAACUGAUAAACUAGUACCAUGGGAGAUACUUCGCUAUCUAGACAACAAAUUUAGAGCUCAAAAUAAAAAAAUUUUACUUUUAGUUGACAACGCACCAUCACAUUUUGAUCCACAUGAUCAGGAUGACAAUGAUGAUGGAAUUAAUGAUGAACAUGAUAAUUUUGGUGAAGAAAAUUCUACUUCAAUUAGAUCAUGUGGAAAUUUUCGUAAAGGUCGUGCUAAAAUGUCAAAAUCAACAUAUGGUUCUAAUGCUAAAUGUAAAAGUAAAACUACACAACCAGAUAUUUUUCAAAUUGAUUUAACUCAUGUUAAGGUGGCUUUUUUACCACCAAACACUACAAGCCAUCUUCAACCACUAGAUGCAGGAAUCAUCACAAGUUUUAAAGUGCAUUAUAAACAAAUUUAUUGUCAUUAUAUUUUAAACCUUUUUGAUGAUGGCAUGGACAUAAAUGGAAACAAAUUAACUAUUAAACAAGCCAUUGAUUAUAUAGUAGACGCAUGGAGUAUAUUACCUGUCAUUACUGAAAGUGAUAUAACGAAUGUGAUGCAAAUUCAGCAGGAUAUCUUAACUUAUGAAAAAGAAGAUAUUAAUCAAAUGAUCGUUGAUAAUUUAAGUAAUAAUAAUCCUUACGCUAAUUCAUUAGCAAAUGUGUUAAAUGAUUUUUUUCAUAACUUGGAUGAAAAAGUUCCAACAGAAGAUUUCUUAAAUGAAAAUGAUAUUAUAAGUUUAAUUCAAGAUGAAAUGCAUGCUAAAAAUGAAAGCCCAAGUCGUUCUGAUGAUUCUGAAAAGGAACCUGAAUUAGUGUUAUUAAGUGAUGCAAGUAAAUUAUUGUGA